AUGUCCGGCCCAGUGUCUACACCCUACUGGGGUCACUUACCUUCGCAGAGUCGACGUUCAUCAGGUGAUCAUAAUAGUCGAGCUCACGACCGCAACUCGUCAUUGGACGACCCUGCGUCUACUGCCCGAUCGCAACUGAAAUUGAAUCGCGAAUCGGUCCAGACUCAGGCAACCGAGGAUUCGACUUUUAGCCCACUGGCAUCUCCUACAGUCUCCGACGACGGCCUGACGCCGCGACCGCCCACGCUUCCCUACGGACAAAACAGAUACCCGCGUGAUUGGGCGGACAAAUCAAAGAGACGGAGCACGAGGACGAACGGAGAUUUCUCUGCAGAGUCUGCUCGCGCAACGCCACCUGCUGCGCCGGAUGUGCCUAGAGCGCCUCCAAUCAGCUACAAAGAUCCGCGAGGCAACGGCUCCCUCUCACCAUAUACUUUCGACGCUUCGGGCAAGCCAGGUCCGCCCACGUCGGCCCACCGAUCUGUUGCUCUCGCCAAAGCUGUUGCGGACAUGGAAGCAGAAAACUCCGGCUCACGAAGGACUCCUCGUACUUUCGAAGAGGACCUGGAAGCAAGAAGGGCACGACGCGCCUCGGCUGAUAUAGGCGCUGAACCGUCCAGGGUUGGAUCCUCGAGACGGACCCAUAAUGGAGAUAGGCCCGAUCGAACGGCGUCGCAUCGCCGGAGAGACUCAGUGGAUCCCGAUGGAUCACGGCAAAAGUGGGCAGAUGACUGGUCACCUCUACAGAGACUUGAGCUGACGCUGGACAGUCUGACCAAAGAAGAAAAACGUGCCCGCGUAGAGGCUGCCGAAAAGCGUGCGCGGCAGAAAGCAGCCACAGCGGCGGCCGAAGCUGGCGUAAACUCUCCUACCAUAGAAAGCAGCGAACGCCCCUCGGCACAACAACAAGUCCAUUUCAGAGCACGCAGGCAAUCCGUCGGAAAAGGCGAUUAUCAACGUCCGGGCGCGGCAGACCUUCGAUGGGAGCAGCCUGCUGUUACGGCCCAGAGGGGUGCACCCACGGAACAACGUGUUGUCGACGACCAUAGACGGAGUGUUUCUCUUGGUCAGGCCCAAUAUGCCCAGGUACAUGCUCCGAAAAGCCGAAAUGUGUCUGCACCAGGAGGUGCUGCACCGCCUCAACGCAAUAUGACCUUCCGUGAGAGAGCUGCAAAGAAUGACCCAACUGUUGUCCCACACAGAGAGGAUAAUGAUCGUGGUUCACCUGUAGAGUCUCCCAUAACUGCAGCCAUCCCUGGUCCAGGAAUUACCCGCAGCGCUAGCAAUAAACUUCGAAAGAACCCACCCGGUGACCCUUGGUAUAGUAAACGCAUGGAAGCAGAGGAACGAUUUCCGUCUGUGCGUAACCGUAACAACGAGUAUGAAGAGCCGGACGCAUUCGAUGAAGUUGGCAUUUCAAGAUCCAAAACCACAGGUGGGACCUUGAAGAAAACGCCACAGCAGCCAGGGGCAUACACAAGACCAUCAGUGGAUGUCCAUGAUCCUGAUUAUGAAGAAUAUGAAGACUACGAGGAGCCUCCAAGCCGAGCCAGAAGCUUUGCUGCAGCCAUUGGCCUAGGCCGUUCACUGUCCAUGGGUGCCAAACGGCAACCGCCACCCCGCCCUCCGAAGCAAGAGUUUCCUCGGGAAAACGGCAACCGCACAAAGGCCGUGCAGUUUCCUGAUCAGAGACCGAUACCAGAUGAUCCUGAUGAAGAAGAAUACGAUGAGGAAGAAAGCUAUCACCAUCACUUUCGGGAGUAUUUUCAUAGGGACAAGUCGCAUCCCGGUCAAACCGCUUAUCAACCUCCCAAAUUUCUGGAGGAGUGGAAGAAGGCGACUGUCGGUUUACUCUCAGAUGCGCUGCUCGAAACUCACGGGCAGGUUCCCAAGACGCCAGAAAAUGCUCCCAACGAUAAAGACACAGCCUGGUGGGAGGGCUCUGGAAGGCGGAGUGGUAGUAUGUCUUCGCGACCACCCAAAGCUGAAGCAUUCGACGGCGAAUAUGCCGACGCUUCGGGCCCGACAAGAUUCAAACCGGCCUUGCAUCUCAAAUGCGGUCCGCUUUUGAGGUAUUGUGGCAUGCGCCAGGACAGAUCACCUGCACGAAGCAGAGCCGGAGUCUCGUCAGAUAAGCAAAUCUGGAGAGGUUCCAUCAUGAUUGUGACCGAGGACUCUGAGAGUUCGUACGAGAUAGCCCCGACGCUGCGCAUGUUUGUGCAACCCAUUGACUUGCUGGCGCCGCCGCCGGCAGAGUUGAAGGGUGAGCAGGCACUCCUCCCAGAGUAUGUUGACCCCAUAGCGGGCAUUCCCAAGCUCGGUCGACGAGGCGAGACCCUUUAUGUGAGACCGGUCGAGCAUCUCGAAGAAGGCCUAGAUGUGUCCACUAUGGAAGGUGAUGGUGGCCUCUUUGAGAGCACGAGAACAGCACCCGACUUCCACAACGAUCCCAAUGCCCCGGGAUCGUUUGCUAGCCGUGCAAUGCGCUCCAGCAUGGACGGAGAGAGACUUGGCAAGUACAAAGAUGUUCGUGGCUUCCGUCUUCACGCUGAAAAGGGCUGCACCUUUUGGCGAUUCAACAUCGAAAUCGAGCUGCGCGAAAAACAACAGCGCAUCGCCUAUCGCAUCAACAGGGGCCCAUCCAUUGGAUUUUGGGUGCCAUCCCGAAACGAGUCGAUGAAUGUCAUGUUCCACAGCUGCAAUGGCUUCAGUCUGAGCGUCAACUCUAACGACUUCAGCGGCCCUGAUCCCAUGUGGCGAGAUGUGCUCAACACACAUCAGACUCGGCCUUUCCAUGUCAUGAUUGGAGGUGGCGAUCAGAUCUACAAUGAUGCUGUCAUGAAAAAGACCAGCAUAUUCCAGCAGUGGCUGGAAAUCAAGAACCCUCUACACAAGCACAAUGCACCUUUCACCAAAGAUCUACAGGAAGAGUUGGAAACUUUCUAUCUGGAGCGAUAUUGCAUGUGGUUUUCCCAAGGUCUGUUUGGCCUAGCCAACUCGCAGAUACCCAUGGUCAACAUGUACGAUGACCAUGAUAUCAUCGAUGGUUUUGGGUCGUAUCCAGAUCAUUUCAUGAAAACACCCGUCUUCUCCGGCCUCGGGGCUGUUGCUUUCAAGUACUACAUGCUGUUCCAGCAGCAAAGCAUCGUGAGCGAAAGUGAAGAGACGGAACCAAGCUGGGUGUUGGGUUGCAAACCUGGUCCCUACAUUCACGAGCUGAGCCGCAGUCUGUAUGUGUCUCUUGGUGCUGGACUUGCUCUGCUGGCUGUCGAUGCGCGAACUGAGCGUGCGAGGGAUGAGGUAAUUCGGGAGGAGACAUGGAAGAAAAUCAUGGAUCGAUGUUAUGCCGAGAUCGUCAAGGGCGAGACGACUCACUUGUUGGUCCUGCUAGGAGUUCCAAUUGCCUACCCACGACUGGUUUGGCUCGAAAAUAUCUUGACUUCAAGAUUGAUGGAUCCCGUCAAGGCCAUGGGCAAGGCCGGGCUCCUAGGAAACUUCCUCAAUCGCUUCGAUGGUGGUGUUGAAAUUCUCGAUGAUCUUGAUGAUCACUGGACAGCCAAGAACCACAAAGACGAACGCCGAUUCAUCAUUGAAGACCUUCAAGACCUGGCAGCAGAUAAAUCCGUUCGCAUCACAAUCUUGAGUGGCGAUGUGCAUCUUGCAGCCAUCGGGCAAUUUUUCUCCAAUCCAAAGCUCCAGAUUCCCAAGCACAAAGACUUUCGCUACAUGCCAAACGUCAUCUCAUCUGCCAUCGUCAACACGCCACCUCCAGAUAUGUUGGCCGAUGUUUUGAAUAAGCGGAAUAAGGUGCAUCAUUUCGAUAAGGAAACAGACGAGAACAUGAUACCUAUUUUCACCACUGGUGUUGACAACAAACCUCGCAACAAUAAGCAUCUUCUGCCACACAGAAACUGGUGUCAGAUUCGUUCUUAUGUUCCUGGCGAAACGCCUCCUCCUACGCCGCCGCCAGAAGAGUACGAGUCAAUGCCUGAAGCAAAACCGACAGAAAAUCGUGGUGGCCUGCUCCGGCGAUUCUCCUCCAAAAAGAACCGCGGUCCAACAUAUCGCCCCGACGUACCAGAUGAAGUCGAUCGCUCUCGGCCACCACUCUCUGGUGGAGGGGGAGGACUCUUCCGGUCUCUUUCUCGCAAAAACUCAACUUCAAAUGGAGAGAAAAGGCCCGGAAACUUGCUUCGCACAUUAUCUCUUGGUCGGGGCGCCUCGGCUGGUCCAAAGGAUGGUGUAUUUAGUCGUCCCUCAACGGACCGCCGUCGUCCAAAUGAUGGCGGCAUCAAUGGAGACUGGGGGGCAGAAAGCGAUGGGGACUACUACGACGCAACGCCACCGCCGCCUACACAAACCCGGCGGAGGCAGCCUACAGCCUUUGAAGGACCCAAUGGAGAACGUGGUGAUAAGCUUGCACGUAUGGGUUUACGUGGAGGGGCUGGCAGCGCUCGAGAGGCUGCUGAGUAUAGUGUUGGUGACGAUUCAUACUUUACGGUUACGAGCCGCGUGCCGCAUCGUGCUUAUACACAGCCUAUGACAUCUGCACCACCGCGCGGUGACGGUUGGGCCGUUGAUGAGCCCUUCAGACCUAAGCCGCUCGGUCGCACUCCGACCGGCUUGAGCACCAAGCAACUGAAGCACGUUGAGCGAUGGCAGGUCGACGUUAAAGGGGCGCUCGACAUACAAUUGAACGUCGAGGUGAACCCGAAAGACCCUGCGGGCAUUACAGUGCCCUACCGCUUGCUCGUACCCAAAUUGGAGUACGAAUACCUUGGAGAAGAUGCUUCAGUGGCUUCUGACGUAUCGCCAGAGAUUGAGAAUGGCACUGCUGGGAUUGAGGCAGAGCCGGUGACUCCAAAGAGAGGAGGCACCCUAAAGAGACUCUUUAGUGGACGCGGAAAGGGCAGUCAGUACCGAGAUCACCGCGGUGGCGAGGGGGCCGAGUAUGAUUACCAUUAA